AUGCCUGGCUUUGUUGGCAGAUUAAGCGAAAUUACACCUACAAUCAUCUUGUUUGGUAUCAUUCUCCUUAACGGCUACCAUCAUCUCGAUCAUCUGCUCGUUACCAAUUUCGUUGGGGGCAUCUAUCUCGCCUUUAUCAAUCGAGGGUCAGCCCGUAGCGGUUGUGUUCCUGGUGGCAACAACGACCUCUAG